CACAGACUGACCAGACUCUGUAGGGGUUACCUGGCCAACAGCAGCAGCAGCGGCGGCAGCAGCAGCGGCAGCAGCAGCAAGACUCCUGGGAUCACUCAGACAUAGUUCAACAUUAUGGGUCCUCCUCUGAAGCUCUUCAAAAAUCAAAAAUACCAGGAACUGAAGCAGGAAUGCAUCAAAGAUGGCAGACUUUUCUGUGACCCAACAUUUCUGCCUGAGAAUGAUUCACUUUUCUACAACAGAUUGCUUCCUGGGAAGGUGGUGUGGAAACGACCUCAGGAUAUCUGUGAUGACCCCCGUCUUAUUGUGGGCAACAUCAGCAACCACCAACUGAUUCAAGGGAGAUUGGGGCACAAGCCGAUGGUUUCUGCAUUUUCCUGUUUGGCUGUUCAGGAGUCUCACUGGACAAAGACAAUUCCCAAUCACAAGGAACAGGAAUGGGACCCUCGAAAACUAGAGAAAUAUGCUGGGAUAUUUCGUUUCCGUUUCUGGCAUUUUGGAGAAUGGACUGAGGUGGUAAUUGAUGAUUUGCUGCCCACCAUCAAUGGAGAUCUUGUUUUCUCCUUUUCCACCUCCAUGAAUGAAUUUUGGAAUGCUCUGUUGGAAAAAGCUUAUGCAAAGCUUCUUGGCUGUUAUGAGGCCCUUGAUGGUUUGACAACCACUGACAUCAUUGUGGACUUCACUGGUACCUUGGCCGAAACUAUUGACAUGCAGAAAGGAAGAUACACUGAGCUUGUUGAGGAGAAGUACAAAUUGUUUGGAGAACUGUACAAAACAUUUACCAAAGGAGGAUUGAUCUGUUGCUCCAUUGAGUUUCCCAAUCAGGAGGAACAAGAGGUAGAAACUGAUUGGGGACUUCUGAAGGGCCAUACCUACACCAUGACUGAUAUUCGCAAGAUCCGCCUUGGAGAGAGACUCGUGGAAGUCUUCAGCACGGAGAAGCUAUAUAUGGUUCGCCUGAGAAAUCCCUUGGGAAGACAAGAAUGGAGUGGUCCUUGGAGUGAAAUUUCUGAAGAGUGGCAGCAACUGACUGCAACAGAUCGCAAGAAUCUGGGACUUGUUAUGUCUGAUGAUGGAGAGUUUUGGAUGAGCCUGGAGGAUUUUUGCCGCAACUUUCAUGAACUGAAUGUCUGCCGCAAUGUGAACAACCCUAUUUUUGGACGCAAGGAGCUGGAAUCAGUGGUGGGAUGCUGGACUGUGGAUGAUGAUCCUCUGAUGAACCGUUCGGGGGGUUGCUAUAACAACCGUGAUACUUUCCUGCAGAAUCCCCAGUACAUCUUUUCUGUGCCUGAAGAUGGCCACAAGGUCAUCAUGUCACUGCAGCAGAAGGAUCUGCGUACUUACCGGCGCAUGGGAAGACCUGACAAUUACAUCAUUGGUUUUGAGCUCUUCAAGGUGGAGAUGAACCGUAAGUUCCGCCUCCACCACCUCUACAUCCAAGAGCGUGCUGGGACUUCCACCUAUAUUGACACACGCACAGUGUUUCUGAGCAAGUACCUGAAGAAAGGCAACUAUGUGCUUGUUCCAACCAUGUUCCAGCAUGGUCGAACCAGCGAGUUUCUCCUGAGAAUCUUCUCUGAAGUGCCGGUCCAGCUCAGGGAAUUGACUCUGGACAUGCCCAAGAUGUCCUGCUGGAACCUGGCUCGUGGCUACCCCAAAGUAGUCACCCAGAUCACUGUCCACAGUGCUGAGGGCCUGGAGAAGAAGUAUGCCAAUGAAGCUGUAAACCCCUACUUGGUGAUUAAGUGUGGAAAGGAGGAAGUUCGUUCUCCUGUACAAAAGAAUACUGUUCAUGCCAUUUUUGACACCCAGGCCAUUUUCUACAGGAGGACCACUGACAUUCCUAUUAUUGUGCAGGUCUGGAACAGCCGAAAAUUCUGUGAUCAGUUCUUGGGGCAAGUUACUCUGGAUGCUGACCCCAGCGACUGCCGUGAUCUAAAAUCUCUGUACCUACGUAAGAAGGGUGGUCCAACCGCCAAAGUCAAGCAAGGCCACAUCAGCUUCAAGAUCAUUUCCAGUGAUGACCUCACUGAGCUCUAAAUCACCAGUUUCAGAUGAUUCUGACAGAGCUUUCCAUCCUUUGAUUUUCUGUCAGAUGCCUGAUCUCAUCUAAGAUUCAUAACCUUUUGAAAGAAAAACAUCACUAUAAUUAAUUUUUCUUUUCUUCUGAUAAGUUCCCUAUACCUCCCAAUUCACGUAGCAUCUGCUACAUAACCUAUAUACCUCCGACAGCUGGACAGGGGGUGGUGACAGUCCUACCUGGAGGUCAUAUUAAUGUUUGCCCAGAAAAGAUCUCCAGGGCUUCUGGGAAUGCAUUUCAAGCAGGGCUACAACAACUUGGAUACUAUAACAAUGUCUUUGCUGCAUUCAGGUGCCCAGUUUUCUUCCUCAUAGGGCAUGUUUAGAAAGGAAGAGGGUUGAUCAAGGCCAAGCUGGUCUAGCCUGACAUCCUUCCUCCUGGGUAAACACUACAGUUCUUUGAGCAGCAUUUUGCCUCACAGCCAGAGCCUGCUUAUAAGCUCCCAGCUUUUACUUCCAUCUCCACCUCCAUCACCAUCACCCAGCAUCACCACCACCACCAUCACUACCACCACCUCCAGAAAGUGUACUCCUGCCCUAACCCAAGUCACCCCCCACAGCUUUACCUUCAUGUUGAGGAAGCUUCCUAGGUGCUUAAUGAAGAGCUGGGGUUCAAGGAGGCCUAGACAGCAAGAAGGGCUUGAACUCUAGCUCAUCUGGAAGCCAGCUGGGUGCCAUGAGAGGGAAAAGUGGAAAAAGCUGCAAUGGAAAAAGAGUUUUUGUCCCCCACCUAUCCACACACACUUACACUCACACACGCGCACCUGGGCGCGCACGAACUACCGUUCAGGCAGUCAGUUGGCAAGAGCAAGGACAAAUAAAUCUCACGCAGCCUGAAAGGAUGAGAGAAUCCAUCUAGGAAGACUUCAGCCAGUCUGAGGCCCCUGACUGUAAUGUGAAAUCUCCUGCUGCUAGGUUUAAAAGCAAGCUUAUUAUCCCUUGCCUCCUUAUCCUGGUGGUAGUAAAGACCUCAUCUGGGAGCUUGAGAUUUUGGGUCUCAGUCUAGGCCCUUCAGGUUUUUCUCUCAGUUGAGAAACUCCACUCCCUGAGAGUGUUUGUUUGCCCUCUAGUUUGCUCAGUUCUUUGCAGAAUUUUUUUGAGUCAGUUAUGCUGAAACGUUCUUCCCUCCAUCUCAUCUAUCAACAUUCUAUCCCUACUUCAAGGCCCAGCAUAAAUGCCACCUCCUCCAUGAAGUCUUUCCUUACCUCCUUAACCCUGCGCCCCGACAAUAUUUCAACGCUUCUACAAUGAUGAAAAGAAACAUAGUUGUAGUAAUUAGUGUAGACUAGCAAGCAUCCAUUUAAAAAUAUCUUGUAACUUUUUUAGUGCUCUCAUUUCCUAUAAUGUUUUCCAGUCUUUGUAAUUUCUGCAGUGCCUUCACCCCACUGCCUUACAUUAACCAAAC